AUGACCAGGGUUGUUCCUGGAUCACAAAGAGACUUCAGCCUCCGCAUCACCGACAUCAGACCUGAAGAUGCUGGAACCUAUUACUGUGUCAAGUACAGGGCAGGAGCCCAAGACACAGAAUUUAAAUCGGGAGCGGGCACUGAGGUUUCUGUGAUCGGUGCCAAAGGCCAAGAUUUGGAAGUUGUGCAGCCCUCGGGACCCUUGUCUGUUUCAGCAGGAGAGACCCUCACUCUGGCAUGUACAGUAAAUGGAGUUGGUCCACCAGGAGGCGUGAAAUGGCACAAGGGGUCGGACAGAAAGCAGCCCCCCAUUUACAGUGAAAGAGGACCAACUCCCUCCCGCGUGACCAGGGUUGUUGCUGGAUCAAAAACAGACUUCAGCAUCCGCAUCAGCAACAUCCGACCUGAGGAUGCCGGAACCUAUUACUGUGUGAAGUACAGAGCAGCAACCCAAGACACAGAAUUAAAAUCGGGAGCGGGCACUGAGGUUUCCGUGAUUGCCACGCCAUCCCCGCCAUCUAUCAAGGGUCCCGCCAGCAGAGUGUUAUCUGGGACCUUGGCGACUUUCAGCUGCACCUCGGAUGGGUUCUCCCCCCGAGCCAUCAAAGUCACUUGGUUGAAAGACAACACCAGGAUCACGUCCCCAGGGCCCACCAUUCUGCCAGAAGGAGACAGCAUCUCCUACCAACUACUGAGCACCGUGCAGGUGCCACUCACAAGAGACGAUGUGAAGUCUCAGCUCACCUGCCAGAUUGAACACGAGACCUUGCGGAGUCCCCUGCGGGAGUUUUUCAAACUUGGAGAUAUCCUACGAGUUCCACCCAGAGUGAAGCUGGAAGCCAACCCAGCCAACCCCGUCCCGCUGAACGAAUCGGUGACCUUCAGCUGCAGCGCGGAAGGGUUUUACCCAGAAGACACAACCUUGGCCUUGACUCUGAACAGCAGCCUGAGUGAAACAGGAACGGCUGAGCCCAUGGCCCAGAACGGGGAUGGGACAUUCACCCUCAGGAGCUCCCUGAAGCUGAACGCCACAGAAGACAGGAACCAGUCUGCAUUUACUUGCAUGGUUACGCAAAACUCCCAGCCUGUAGCAGCUGAAACGUCAGUGUUGAACAUCAGGGUGCCGACUGAAGGAAGUGAAAGCGUCAGUAUAGAUCAUUUUAUGCUGUCCUCCUUCAGUGUUUUUAUUGGACUUAUUCUGGCCAACAAGCUUAUUGUUCUUGCCCCUUUCCUCUUAUAUCGUUUCCUCAAAAAAUCACGUGGCAAGAGGAACCUGGGAAACACAGCUGUGAGCACCUAG